AUUAACGGUCUGACUUCAGUCUCAGCUGCGUUGCUCCGAGAACGGACAUCCUCGGUAAGCAUUACCACAAAUAAUCCUUCUUCUUUAGUCAUUAACUCAGUCAGUAUUUUACCAAUUUAAGGCUGAAAUGUACUACAUUAUAUUUACAUCAAUGCAGCAACUCGUAUCGUGUGUUUUUGAGCACUAAUAGAUCGUUUGGAUCGUGUAACGUUUGCUUUGAGGUUGUGCUCCGUAAGAUAGCAUUAGCAGACUAGCUUGGUUGUUUUUUUCUCUGCAGCCUUAACACACAGAGCUAAGACAGAAAUACGAUUCUUUCAUUAUAUUAAAGCAACAAAGAGAACCAAUUUAAUUAUGUUAGGUGUUGAUGAAUUAUUGUGAUUUGUGUUUAGGUGAAUUGUCGAUCACACAGUUCCUGAACAUGGCUGAAAGUGACUCCGGAGAUAAUGGUGAAACGUAUGACUUUGACGCCCCGUCCCAUGUUGUGGACCUGCAGCAGCAGUCAGAGAAUGCAGGAAAUGAGGAUUUGUGGUUUGGUAAGUCAAGGCCAUUUGGGAUUUUUCUCAUUUUUAAGAAGAAUGAUGUGUUUCUCAGGUUGGAACUUCUGAUGCAAUUUGUCCUGCGCCUGUGAAAACACUUCUGUGAUUAAAGCUUGUUGUUGUUGGUUGAAGAUAAACUAAAGAUCAAUAUGUCAACACAGGCUCCCCAAGUUUUUGCCAUCUGAAACCCUCCUCUCAACAUUUUCCCACCAAGAUUAAGUUGUUUUGGCUACACUACAUGUAUGGCAAUUAAAUGGGACAGGCUGGACCCACACAGUGGUGAUGGAUGGUCCAGUCCUUGGAUCCUCCUAUAUCUUUUAGAAUAGAUUUUUAAGGUUCUUUUAUUAGUUUAUAAAUGUCUUAAUGUAGCCUGGCCGGGCCAUCCUGUUGCGUGAAUCACUUGAUGUUCCUUCCCACCAGGAACAUCAAGUGAUUCACGCAACAGGAUGGCCCGGCCAGGCUAGUCUUAAUGGUCUUGGUCCUCCUUAUUUAUCUGAUUUGCUUUUACGACAUGAGCCCAGUAGAGCUUUAUUUGUUUUAUUUUUAUUUAAUUUUUUAUGUCUUGUCAUGGUUUUAUCAGUUUAGCUUCAGCUCCAGUGUUUCCCCAUUUUAGUUUAAGAUAGCGUUUCCUUGGUCCUCUGUGGCUUCCUGUUGAGCCCUGACUUGGUGUCCCAAUGGUUGUGAGAGUGUGUGUGUGUGUGUGUGUCUGUCUGUGUGUCCUGAUCCUCUCCUUCUUGUGUACAGCACUUUGUGAUACAAGUCUAUGGAUGAAAAGUGCUUUACAAAUAAAGUGAUUGACUGAUUGGUUGAUUGUUUAAAGCAGUCCUUUGGCAGUCUUUCCUUCAGACUUUUUCUUCUUGAAAUAUCUAACAUUGCUCAAACGAUCAUGACCCUUCAAAGUGCUUUUGAAAAUAAGUGCCUACAUUUUUGUUACUGCUACCAUCAGCAUGCUUCUCUGUUUAAUGCUAGAGAGUAUUUCUCCUGUUCACCUACUUUUUUAGUUUUCCUCUAAUCCGUUCAGAUUAUCUUGAUGGGCUUUAUGUGGUAGAUUGCUUUGAUUUUUGAAUGACUGGUGAUUCUAAAUGAUUAUGAAAUAGAUUUAAAGUGAUAUCAAAGACUGCCUCACUGAGAGUAACUCUUAAAAAAAAAAACUGUAAAAGGAAGCCAUCAUCAUCUCUCUGUGUCUCUUGCUUGCAGAACAACAGGCUGGGGUGGCUAAUUCCCUUCUGACACCAGGAGUUGACCGCCACUUUAUGAGAAGUGAUGCUCUUAACCUACCCAAGGCCAUCGUCACUCCUCAAGUCAAGAGAGAUGUUGCCCCUGGUUAGUUUUCUUUGCUAUGUGCAUAUUUCCUUGUUUGUGCCGGAACACGGUUAUUUUCUGUUGGUAAAAGGGAAGAAGUGGUGAAAUCUUGAAAGAUAAUCCCAAAAGGCUCCUGUGUGUUAAUCAUAGUGGUUGUUGAGCACAUUGAUUUAGUCUAAUUCUAUUUUAGUGAAACGUUUCCUCAACUCGGGUAGCACAAACUCAUAUGGAAUGAUCAAUUGCAGAGCCCAGUGCCUCCACAGCUCGACCUCCAAACCUGGUCACAUCAUGGGGUGGUGCGUCUCCUGCUCGCAAUGGAGCCCGGCCAAAAACGAAGAGUUCAAAUCAGCCCCCUGCCCAACCAUGCAGGUAUACUCAAGGGGAAAUGUUUGCUUUCAGUGAAAAUGAUGUAUUUUGUAACUGUGAGCUUUAGAUAUAGUUAGUCUACCUGUGGGCUGCCAGAAAUUCAGCUGCACCAUUAAACUUUGGCUCUUCUUGAAGGAAUACUGAGUUAAAUUCUUAAUUUUCCCUAACCCUUGGAAAAGGACAUCUUUUUAUUUUCCACAAAACCAAAUCUCUACAAGUCUUAGCUUAGAGCCAUGCAAGGUCAAAUCUUAGGUUGAAUUCUGACGUUUUAAUCAAUUGGAUUUUGGCGCUUCUGUACUGCCUGUUAAACCAUGCACUGACACAGCAAAGGCUGACUGACGACAGAGCUCGUUGUGAGGCUCUUGCAGAAUCUAAAGAAAUUACUGCUUUAGAAAACAGAACAUUGAAAGCAGUUCAGUUAACACCCAAAACUCAGUGUAAUGAUUAACGGAGACAUUUCGAAGCCUUUUAAUAGCAGUUCAUUUAAUCGCAGUAUCAUUUUGUCUGUAGUUCAGGGUUAUGUCUAAACUCUGGUGCUUAAAAACUUGAGCAAAAACAGAGUUCAAAAGAUGAAGCCCAUAAGGAGGAAAAACUUGCUGUGGAUUUUCAUCAUGACUGUUUCAGGAUCAAUUCUUUGUGGAGCAAUAACUUAAUCAUUUCAAUUUGUGGUUUGAUUGAAUCUUUUUUUCCCCCCCCCAAUUUUUAUUUUAGGGUUUUAAAACGUAAAUCAAGUUCUCAGGCUGCGCCACCUCUAAAGAAACAGAAAAAGUAAGUGAUGUGAAUGUGCUGUUGAAUGUACAAGAUGCUUUCCUGUUCGUUCCGAGUUCUCUGGACCUAUCCUCUAACUGUUGCUGUUAAUUCUAGGAGUCCUGUUGCUCAGCCGACCCGAAGAAGCACAAAUGGGCGGCGCAGGACCGGGCAGAUGAACACCAGGACUGCUGCAGCUCCCCGCACAGCAGCUCCAACACCCUCCAACACUGAGUGAGUCGAGGGCUAGCAGACAAACAUGUCACUCACAGCAUCAUGUUACGAGGGGAGUAGGCAUUUCUGCUUUUGGAGACUGGGAACCCACUAAAAGGUGUGUUUUUGCUCCUCUCUGUGUCAACACAGGCCAGCCAGUUCUGAAGAGCAGGAGCUGGAGCGCAUCAGGAACUUGCAGAAGGAAGUCGCUCUGCAUCGCAAGAAGAAUGAGGCCAACUACAAAGCUGCUUUGGCUGGAGGUGAUUAUCUGUCAGUUAGGGAAACUACUUGGAGACAGGUUUUAUCGAUGUGCUGACUGAAGAGCAUGUAAAGGCUCAGUAUUUUCCUGGUUGUUUAACUUCACUUCAUGACUGUUAUAGGUCCAUUACCAAAGAAGGUGAUCCUUUCUGCAACCGUGCCAAAAGAGUUCCACUUUAAUACAAACACUCGCUCCAAGACGGCCGCUUCAUCCAGCACAGCUCACAAGGAUGUGGACUUUGUCUCCCAGCUUCGCAAACCUGCCUCUCCAGUGAGUAAUUUAAAUGUAGAGUUAAGACUGUAGUCUGGGUGGAUAACAUUAAUUAAAAUCGGAGAUGAGGAUUAAUCCAGAGGGGAAAUAAUCUUAGGUUUCCCAGCCUAAUGGCACAGCUUUGAUUCCAACUGAUUCCCUAUAUUGUAUCAUCCAGGCAAAGGCUCCGAGAGGUGCCACAGUACCCAAACCCUUCAACCUGUCAACAGGCACUAAGAGGAAGGUGGACGAGCAGGGGGCUUACGUGCCCAUGGCUCAGCAGAUCGCGCAGUUCCAGAAACGAACUCCUGAACGCUACCAUCUGCGCAGCCGCAGAAGUCAAGCAAGAGGUGAGAGGGAGAUGAUUGUCUGUUGAACACAAUAUCUUCCUCUUUUGUGCACGCUCUCUGUCAGGUGUAAGUGAAAUACAUGCCUUAAAUCAUUUUUUAUUGAUUCUUCAGGGCCAUCCCCCGUGAAGGGUGACCACCUGAAACUCACCCAGCCUCACACCCCUCACCUGCUGACCAACCAGAGGAGCCGAGCACCAACAGUAAAGAGCAGCGCUGAGCUGGAGGCCGAAGAGGUGGAGAAACUGAACAAGUGAGUUUAUCCUCUCUGCUCCUGAAGUCACUGAAUUUGAGCAACCAACUUUACUUUUUCGUUUUUUCCAUGAAGGGUCAGUUCUCCAUAAAUAUAACCGCAUAAAGUCUCUAGUACCUUUGCUCUAGUCUUGUGCUGCUAAUGGUCAGAAAUGUCAGGACACAAAUCAGCGACCUCUCCAGACCCAGCCCGUGUUAGACAAUCUUAAAUACAGAUUGUACACAGCCUCUCAAUCCUUUUUUGAAAUUGGGGUUGUAUUAAAUUAUGCACUCUAUCAAUGCAAGUUAAUACCCCACGCCUCAAGGUCCGUAGAGUGAAAACGGAGAAUCAGUGUAACAUUUUUGUUUUAACCACAGGUUUAAAUUCAAGGCGUUGGAGCUGAACAGGAAGAUUCUGGAGGGUGUCGAAGGUCUUAAGAAGCCAACAGUGAAGGAGCCAACUGUACCUGAAGGCUUUGAGCUGCAGAUUGACAAGAGGCUCCAGGAGAGACAAUCCACCAAACCUCAGGAGGGUGAAGAGAAGCAGCACAUCUUCAAGUCUCAGCCUCUGCCCAAGAAGAUCUUAGAGGGAGUGGUGGUGAGUUUAAACCCUUCAAAUCAGUAUCAAAGCUAGCUGUAGCAGUCUGAACCCUUAUUCUUUAAAAAAUUCAAUUUUUUUUUGUACUCAUAUAACAGGGAUUACCAGAGAAGAAAGUUCUGCCCCCAACAGUGCCAGAGUCUCCAGCUUUCGCCCUCAAGAAGAGGAUUCAUGUAGCACCCAAAGUAGAGGAGGUAAUGACUGUUCUGGCAUGAAUUAUUGGUUAUAGCGCAGAUCUCCACCCAGCCAUAUUCAUGUCCAUAUCUUAACUUUGUCUUUUUUUUUUUCCUGUAAGGUGAAAAGGCCAUCACCAAUCAAAGCCCCCCCAGUGCCUCACUUUGGCCUCCCCUUCCAGCCCAAACUCCAAGAGAACCACCAAGUGGAGGUCUGUCCUUUCUCUUUUGAGGAGCGAGAACGAGAGAGGAGGGCGCUGAAAGAGAAGAGGCUGGAGGAGAUGAGAAAUGAAGAGGUGGGGUCACACUUUCAAGGCUUUUGUCCCUCAAAGUCUGAAUAAAGUUAAAACAACCGAGUCACAUUUUCUUUGUCGUUGUCCAGGUUCCACAGUUUAAGGCCCAGCCUUUGCCAGACUUUGACUCUGUGAGUCUCCCAGAGAAGAAGAAGCUGGAGCCCACAAAGCCAGAGCCGUUCAGACUGCGCCUGGACGAGCGGGGAGCGGUGAAGAACAGCCGCUGGGAGCAGAUGGUAUGCAACGAAACAAAUGGGAACAGUUUUUCUGUACGAAUCAGUCCGUACCUCAGAAUUUGAGCUGAAUCCUUUAUCUUUUGUAGGUAAAAGAGGAGCAGAAGCAACGAGAGGAAGCCACAGUAUUCAAAGCAAGACCAAACACUGUUACUCAUAAAGAACCUUUCCAGCCUAUAAAGGAGAGCCGCACAAUGGCAGGUAAGAGGUUUGACAUACAACACUGAGCCCUGAAGUACCCAAAGCAAAAAGUAGAAUUUUGUUGAUGAAGGAAAGCUUCAUGCCAAAGCCUUGGAAAAGCCUGAAAGAGAGCUUAUCUGGAAUAUUUGUGUUACAAAUCUACAAAAAAUCAACAGCAGGCUUAUUGUUUUUUUUUAUGUUCAUGUCGAAAAAUAAAAAAAAUAUUUAAUGAGCUUCUCCAGAAGCCAAAGAUACAGUAUUUUCCCCUGUUUGGAGUCCAAACAGAACAGGAUUGUAAUUUCGGCUUCAACUGAAUCCAGAGUUCUGAUCUUGAACGAUUUGACAUUUAUGCGAUCUGUGUUGUCACAGUGUUUGGGUAAAUACACCUCUUCUACCGGAGUGUGGCCAGGUUACUCUAGGAGAAGUAUUAUCUACUUUGAAAUGAAAAUGAUUCAACAAAUUUCUGCAUGUGUGCACAGUUUUGAAUUCUAUAUCACUUGUCAGGGUUCCUACGCAAGUAUGGAAAUAAAUUUGAUCAAUUUUCAGGUCUUAAAAAGUAUUGUAAAUGAAAAAUAAAGUAUGGAAAAAUAUUUGUCUCCAGACUUUGGCCACAGUUCUAAAAUACUGUUUUCUAAAACAGGAAAGUAAGUAUUUCCAAAUAUACUUCUUAAAAGUAGGAUAUGGAAAUUCCAACUAUGUAGGAACCCUGACUUAUGUGAUACCUUUGCAGUGGUCUCAGCUUAGAUUGCAGUUAUCUAUCUGUCCAAGCCCUGCUCUUUGCAUGCUGAUUAAAUGGCUCCAACAGUGUGUAAGGACUUAAACGCGCCCCUGUCGAGUGUUUCAGCUCUCUGCUGCUGAGGCUGCAGCACCCUGUAGCUGUGUGACACUCACUGUGUUCCUGUUGCCUUCAUUACACUCGGUUGCGGCACUCUUUAGAAGGCAUCUGCUCUUCCACAGUGAUGGAGGCCUUCGAGCUGUCGACGGAGCGAAGGGCCCGGGAGCGACAGGAGUACGAGCGGCAGGCUAGCGAGAAGGAGGCUCUCAGGGCGCUGAUGGAGGAAGACCAGAGACGAGAGGAGGAACAGAGGGAGAAGGAGGAGAUCGCCAGGCUGCGGCAAGAACAGGUGAAUGAAAAAUUCUUUCAGAGGGAGGUUCAUGUCAUUCAAGAUAUUUGAUCAGUUUGUUAAAUUACUGCCAACCUUACUCAAAAUUAACAGUUUUUUAGGUUGCUGCUGAAAUAUUUUUGUGUCCAAGGUUUAUUAAGUCAUAUUAUCUUUUUCGUUACAUUCUACUUCCCAUUCAAGAAAUCAAUCAACACUUUAUUGAAGCAUCUCUGUAGCUUAUUAACUGAAUCUGGAAGUAAGAUAAGGAAGCACUGUUUGGUUGCCUAACACAGCCUCUUUGUCUGCUAUAGUCGCCAUGGUGCAUCUUUUUCAUCACAUAUACCUCUUGGACUGCAUUAGCAUCCUUUAUGACAGUUGCACUCGCUUCCUGCCUGAACUGAAAAUAUUGAAGCUCAGUCUCCGUGUUGGUUUAGGUCCAGUGAGGCCUUUGAAUCUUUACUUUUUUUUACUUGGUGACUCUUGAACAGACCUGUUUCCAGCGGCAGCUUCAGUCUGAAUGAUCUUUCUGUUCCGCAGGUUCAUAAGGCACAACCCAUCAGACACUACAAACCUGUGGCUCUGAAGAAGAGUGAAGUUCCUCUCACAGUUCCCCAGUCACCGAACUUCUCUGACCGCUUCCGCUUGUGAUUACCCUGACCCCCUCCCCGCUGUAGAAACCAGCUUAUUUACUAUUUUAAACAUUUUUUUUUUUCUCAUUUAAUGUUUUUAGGCAGAAGCCCUUGAACUGUUUUCUCUUUUUCACUGUUUGUCAGAAACCUGGCAGUGAUCUUGUAAAUAGACAUGUGUUUGAAUUGACUGAAGCUCUGCUUUUAUCUCUCUUCUGAAUGGAGCUUUAGAUUUAACCUCUUGCUGUAUAUUCUCUCUCCUCUUCUUUUUCUAUCUGUCUCUUUUUAAAGUGUUUUGACAUAAAAACCUGUUACCAAGAACACUUCAUUUCCUGAGAUUAUUUUGUUUUCAUCUUGCAAUUUCUCAGGCAAUGUAAACACUUUUCCAACGCCAAUAAAAGCUUUUAAACUAAAUUGAA